CUUUCCCCGCCGCAGAGAGAGAGAGAGAGGCUGAGAGCGAGACGGACGCCUUGGAGAGCCGGGAUUGCCUUGGAAAGAAGACAGCGUGACAGAUCCAGGGUUUGCUGCCAGCGAUGUUGCAGUGCAGACAUGCCCAAGAGUUCAGUUUUGGGCCUCGGGCGCUGAAGGAUGCGCUGAUCUCAACCAACCCCGCGCUGCAAGAGCUGUAUGCCAAGGCCUUCUCGAGUGCCGAGAAACUCUUCCUCUCCGAGGCCUACAAUCCCCACCGGACACUUUUCUGCAGCUUGUUCAUCAGGACGGCCUUUGACUGGCUUCUCAGCCACCCUGAUGCUCCGGAGGAUUUUGAAACUUUCUACUACUCGCUGUUGAGGAGAAAGCAACGAUGCUACAGGAAACACAUAUAUUUGCAACCUAUAGACCUAAGUGAAGGUCCUGUUGGGAUCUCCUUGCUGGAUUCCCUCCGCAGCUGUGUCGAAUCGUUCUUCCUGGGCCUCCGCGUUAAGUGCCUUCCUUCUGUCCCCGUCUCCUCCAUCCAUUGCUGUUACCGCCACAACCAGGAUUCAGACAGAGUGCAACUCCAUACUGAUGGGAUUCUGACCUUCCUGAAGAACAACAAGCCAAUGGAUGCUCUCUGUGUCCUGGGACUCACCCUUGCAGACCUCUACCCCUGCGAGACGUGGAGCUUCACUUUUGGGAAGUUUUUGCCAGGCCAAGAAGUUGGCGUCUGUAGCUUUGCCAGGUUUUCCGGUGAAUUCCCCCAGGUGGGCUGCACCACUUUGAACCCAUCGCCGUGGAGGCAAGAGGUACACGAUGACGUCCUGGAGCAGGCCAGGAGCCAGGCCUUGCUGUUCAACCUCCUGGAGAUGCUCCAGUGUUGCAAGGUCACAUGCCAUGAGAUCUGUCACCUGAUUGGCUUGGGAAACUGCCGCUGGCUUCAGUGCAUCAUGCAAGGCGCCUUGAGUUUGGAUGAAGUUCUGCUGCGACCGCUGGAGCCCUGCCCAAUUUGCCUUCGGAAGCUGCAGUAUGUCGUGGGUUUCAAGCUCAUUGAGCGCUACAGGAAACUUUAUGCUUGGAUGCAAACUAUUUCAUCCACCUGGCUCAGCCAAGAACUGUCCGAAUCGUCUCUCUCCGAGGACGUUUUGCAACCAAGCACGGACUCUGGGAUGGAUUGUGAGAACGACUCCGAGGCCGUCACGUCCGUUUCCGAACCCCUGACACCAGACACUUGCAGCCAAGCUGUUUCCACGUUGCAGGACCUGGAUCUCGACGAUCCGUCUUGUUCCCUGGCGGAUGCCCCUAGCCAGGAACAGCUGGGCAUUGCCCCCAAACCCUCGGACAUGAUCAAGGAGUACACGCUUUGGCUCCAGAUGUGCAUUGCUGCGCUUGAAAAAGACGUCUCCGAGGAGGAGAUUCUGCAAGUGGACAGGGCCGUGGACGCGAUGGCGCGGUGGGAAAUGUUCACAGGACGGCUGCCCAACGCGCGGAGGGAGCUCCCGCUGCCCACAGACAGUCCGGGGCUACGGAAGGUCCUGGGAGACAAGUUCUCCUCCUUGAGAAGGAAACUGAGCUCCAGAAAGUCGCCCAAACCAGAAUCCUCCCCUCGUCGCUGGAAAUGGGAGGAGAGCUAGCCCCAGCGAGAGACUCCGACUGAUCCUGGGGUGGGAUGGGGAAAUCCUGGGGGUUUAGAUGUGGGUUUUGUUAGCCUCUCCUCGUUAUGCCUCUUGUCCUUUUCACUGCACGUUUUUGUCAUUCCGUCGAGAAAAGAGCCGAGAACUCUCUCCAAGUGCAAUAAAAGAAGCUUCUUUAUUGAG